CUUGCUUGCUCGCCUGGCUGUCUGACCUCCUUCCAGUGACAUUGACAAGAGCCAUAUCAGCCGGGUCUCUUGAUCGAUCUGUCCUUGGCUCUGACGGCUCCUCAACUUAAGACGGGAGCUCGCUCGUCCACUUCUAGUAGCGUCGCUGCCUGACACGCCGAGGUGACUCUGCACCCGUCAAAAGGCAGCUCUACCAAGCGCUCGCCCCCCAUCGUCUGUCUUGCUCACUUGCCCACCUGCAUCACUUCCUGAGCUCCUGCUCUUACUCCUGCUCCAUCUCCUCCCCCUCUCUCGCUUCAUCAUGACCACUACCAAUAUCUCUGCUACAAGCAAGGCCAAGAAGCGCAAGAGACACAGCAGUGAUGCUGGCGAACAGAGCACAAGCGCCGGUAUCGGCCAAGGAGCAUCUACGUCGACGAUCAACGGGAAGGGCAAGGGCCGGUCUGAAACUCUUCAGGUCCGCACUGCUACUGUCUCUGCUCGGCCAAAGACAGUGGAUACCUCGCGGGAUAAGAUAGAGAAGGAGGGAGAGGAGGCGAGCGAGCAGGAUUGGCGCUCCAGAGCUAUCACAGAGGCCAAGAAGAUGCCAAAGGAGAUGACCAAAUACUGGUACAGCCGCUAUCGGCUCUUCUCCCGCUUCGACGAAGGAGUGCUCAUGGAUGCCCAAUCCUGGUUCUCCGUCACGCCAGAGGUCGUUGCAGCCCGCAUCGCCAGUCGGUGUCUCUAUCCCCUCCUUCAUCAGCAACCGCAAGGGCAAAAGCAACCUCAUCGUAGCAAGGCUCAAGGAGGUGAGGUCGUCAUCCUCGACCUCUUCUGCGGCGCAGGUGGGAAUGCUAUCCAGUUCGCUCUUGCUGGAAUGGAAGAUGAAGAUGAAGAGCAAGAGCAGGGCAAAUCCACAACAAGGAUCAUUGCGGUAGAUAUUGACCCGGACAAGAUCGAGUACGCCAGACACAAUGCGCGCAUCUACGGAGUUGAAGAGCGCAUACACUUCCUCGUUGGAGAUGCAGUUGAAUUUGUGCAGGAUUGGAAAAAGGCCAAGGCGGGGCGAGAUGGGAAGAAGACGGCGGGCAAGAAGAAAGGACAGACGACCAAGCCCUCGACGUCUCGGUGGGAAGGUGAAGAGAAGGCAGACAUCGACGUCGUCUUCCUCUCCCCACCAUGGGGUGGAGUGGACUACCAGAAUGCAGGGAUGCCUCCCGUGGAUGUGGUGUCUUCAUCUCCUCUACUCCUUGGGGACGGUCAAGAUGGCGAUCAAAGCACAGGACAGGUCGGAAGCGCUCCAUCCACAGCUACUCCUCUAGACGAAGUGGACACCUCGGCAUCCCUCGCUGCCUCUCUCCCAGCAUUCUUCUCCACUCCACAACUCAUACGAGAAAAAGAGCUCGCCUUGCCCACAGGCGAGUACUCCACACUAGCUACCGAAGAGGCAGAGGGAGAGCGGCAGCGAAAAGCGUACGCCUACUACCCCCUCUCCUCGCUCCUUCCCCUUCCGGGGCAAGAGCUGUACGAUCUAGCCAGGAGCAUCACGCCCAAUGUCGCCCUGUACCUGCCGCGCAAUUGCGACCUAUGGGAGAUUGCCAAGUUGACAGGGAGGGAGAGGGGCAGGGAGCAAGAGGGAGAGGGAGAGGGGGAGCAAGAGCUCAUUGCCGUCGAAGAACAAUUCCUUGGUAGCGGACUCAAAGCGCUGGCCGUCUAUUGUGGAGCUCUGGCUAGCGAUUGGGAGGAAUGAGAGGGCGGCACAGACGGUCGUCAAGAAGGGAUCAUCAGGACACGAGUCAAUUUGCGGACCAGGGAAUUAGGCCUAUACUCUUCGUGCUCAAUGUGUGGGUGUUUUGACAGCUGUACAUAUAUCAACACUAUCACUAGACGUCAGUAACGUU